AUGAUUAGGAAAGGAUUCAAUACGAGAUGUUUACUAUUCAGGAGUUUUGGUUCAAAAUCCAAUGAAUGUAAGGAUCUGCAGAAGACAGAGCAACAGAAGAAAAAAGAAGCAGAUCCUUGUGCUCAAGUAAACAAACCGAAAGCCAAGAAGUACCCGCCCGUCAACCUGCACGGACCACAGAGGUUCACGCCCAGUGAGAAGAGACCUUACUCACCGUUCCAUUUCAAAGGACAGUCCACAGUGGAGUGGGUGGUCGCUCGAGCUGAUGACCUUCUCAACUGGGGGAGGAGGGGCUCCUUGUGGCCUUUGACCUUCGGCCUCGCCUGCUGCGCGCUAGAAAUGAUGCACUAUGCUGGUCCCAGAUACGACAUGGAUCGCUUCGGCAUGGUGUUCCGUGGGACUCCGCGUCAGACGGACGUGAUCAUCGUGGCGGGUACAGUCACCAACAAGAUGGCUCCAAUCCUGCGCAAGACCUACGACCUCAUGCCGGAUCCCAAAUUCGUGGUGUCGAUGGGCAGCUGUGCCAACGGCGGCGGCUACUAUCACUAUACUUACUCCACCGUGCGAGGAGCUGAUAGAAUCAUACCAGUCGAUAUCUACGUCCCAGGCUGUCCACCGACGGCCGAGGCUCUGUUGUAUGCAAUGCUGCAGCUUCAGAGGAAAGUGAAACGCAUGCGUAUGGUACAGACCUGGUACAGACAUUAA